AUGGAGGAUUCUGAGGGCGACUCUGAAGCCUCAGGAAAUGAAAAUGAAGGGGAUUUUUGUGAGAAAUUUUCUCAAAAAAUAUUAGGUGCACCAGCUGAAGCUACUCUUGUAUCACAUGGCAGUAAGCAGCAUCAAGAAUCCAGCAGUGAUGACGAUGAGCCUUUAGUAAAAUACGUACCCAAAAGCAAAAAAUUCAAGUCAAAGUCAAAACUGGAAAACUGGUAUCAGCAAGACUUACCAAACUCUGUGAAUCGAAUAAUGUAA